AUGUUUCUAGACAAGGAGUUCCCGGCCGAGGACAAGAGCCUCGGCGCGCUCGAGACGUCCAAGGAGGGCGUGGAGUGGAAGCGCCUCGAGGCGCACCGCGCCGUCGGCGACGAGAAGCCGCCGACGAUGAAGCUCUUCGAGGGCCACAUCGAGGCCAAGGACGUGUGCCAGGGCGCGCUCGGCGACUGCUGGCUUCUGUCGGCGAUCGCGUGCAUGACGGAGUUCCACGGCGCGAUCCAGCAGAUCUUCUACUCGCACAAGGCGAACCCGCGGGGCAAGUACUACGUCGAGCUCUUCGACAUCCAGGCGGGCAAGUGGGUCACGAUCGUCGUCGACGACCUGUUCCCCCACAAGAACGGCAAGCUCAUGUUCAGCCAGCCCAACGGCGACGAGGAGUGGGUGCUGAUCCUGGAGAAGGCCUUCGCGAAGCUCUGCGGCUCCUACCACGCCAUCGAGGGCGGCCUCGUGCUCUGGGCCUUCCAGGCCAUGACGGGCGACGCCGUGUGCUCGUACGUCUGCGGCAUGUUCACGACGGGCGAGCACCUCUUGGACGACGCCAUGUACACGCUCCUCGUGAAACUGAAGCACAACGGCUGCGUCGUCGGCGCGGGGUCGCGCGGCAAGGACAACACGAUCAGCGAGGGCCGCGGCAAGACGGGGGGCAUCGUCCCGGGCCACGCCUACUCCAUCAUCGACGCGAAGCACGUCGAGAACUUCCGCCUCGUCAAGCUCCGGAACCCGUGGGGCACGUUCGAGUGGGACGGCGACUGGGGCGACAAGAGCGAGCUCUGGGCGACGCACAAGCACGUCGCCUGGGCCUGCGGCUGGAAGAAGGACGCGCCCGACGACGGCACGUUCUGGAUGUCCUGGGAGGACUUCGUCAAGUACUUCGACGGCCUCGACGUCUGCUUCCGCACGCAGGGCAUGCGCGAGCUCCAGUUCGAGGUCGCGGAGGAGUGCGGCGCCUGCGGGCCCUUCGUCGGCGGGCUCUACGGCAUCGGCCGCUUCUUCUGCCUCUGCCAGGGCCUCUACAAGAUGUGGUGCGUCCGCAAGGGCACCGAGGAGGAGCUCGAGGACUUCGAGAAGGGCACGCUCAAGGCGUCCGACAUCAAGUCCCACGUGUGA